CUGCACUCACUGUUGUUGUUCCCUCUCUCGUCAAAAUCCAAUCCGUAGAAAGAAGAAGUUUAAGGAUCAUCUCCAAGUGAUGGAGACACUUGUGAUUCAAUCCUCAAUUGCUUUGCUGAUCGCUUCUGUUGUCGCCGCCAGAGCUUUCUUAAGGAAAUCUCUCGAUCGAUCGGGAGCGUUUUUCGGCUUCUUGGUCAUGGCCCUUCACUUUGCCGUUGGAUACAGGUUUGGUGCUCUGCUGCUUGCUUUCUUCAUCACUUCGUCUAAGCUAACCAAAGUAGGAGAAGAUAAGAAGCGAAGCAUCGACGCUGAUUUCAAGGAAGGAGGGCAGCGCAAUUGGAUACAGGUUCUUGCUAAUAGCGGAAUUGCUACUGUUUUGGUUGUAAUUGCUGGAAAAUUGACGAGAUGUCAAGACAAAUGCUUAGACUCAAAAGACUCUGCACUAGUAACAUGCCUCAUUGGAGGGAUUAUUGGACACUAUUCUUGCUGCAACGGGGACACUUGGUCAUCGGAGAUUGGGAUGCUUAGCAAUGCUCAGCCACGAUUAAUCACAACCUUCAAGCCAGUUAGGAGGGGUACAAAUGGUGCUGUCACAACCACAGGACUGCUAGCAGCUGCAGCUGCCGGUGGCGUCAUUGGAUUGACAUUUGUUCUCUUUGGGUUCUUCACAACGAAAUGCAAUUAUGAUAUAGCUUUGAAGCAGCUACUGGUGAUACCCCUUGCAGUGAUUGCGGGACUAUUUGGAAGUUUAAUAGACUCUUUGUUGGGGGCAACAUUGCAAUUCAGUGGAUUCUGCACAGUACGUAAUAAGGUUGUGGGAAAGCCUGGACCAACAGUGAAGAAGAUUUCAGGUAUGACCAUCCUCGACAACAACGCUGUGAACCUUGUUUCAGUUAUGCUGACAACCCUGUUGACUUCCAUCGCCUGCUUAUACAUUUUCUGAAAACCAAAAUUUUUAUCCCAAUUGUAAGUUUCAUGUCUUUUAGAUAUUUGCAAGCUUUAUCAAAAUGCCAGUCAUAAUUAUGGGGAA